GACGUGUUUCUUACUUUGAAAAACCUCACCGGAAGCACCCUCUUGGCGCUUGUCUGUCUUGACGCUAGUCGCUGCUGCAGCAUUCCCGUCUCCCCGCGGAGGACAGCGUCUGUUUGUAGGACACAGGGCCCGCGGAGGGAGGGGUCCCGGCCCGGGUAAGGAUCCAGAAAAGGCCCCGGGGUCGCCGCCGGAUGGAGUCUGGUUGCAUCCCCACAGCGAUGGCUAUGGGUCUGACAUCGAAAAGGGCGUCUGCUCGGAGCGUCGGCGUGGAGCGAAAAAACCUGAUCACGGUCUGCAGAUUUUCUGUAAAGACCCUUCUGGAAAAAUACACUGCAGAGCCCAUAGAUGACUCAUGUGACGAAUUUGUCAACUUUGCCGCCAUUUUGGAGCACAUCCUCAGCCACCGCUUCAAAGGUUCAGGAAGCUGGUUCAGCUCAGAUGGACACCGCAGUUUCUGGGAAUACAUCCGGCUCUCGUGCAACAAAGUGCAGAACAAUUGCAUCAGCAGCAUCGAAAACAUAGAGAACAUCAGCACAUCUAGAGCCAAGGGACGGGCAUGGAUUCGAGUGGCCCUGAUGGAAAAACGUCUGUCUGAAUAUUUGUCCACAGCCCUGAGGGACACCAGAAUAACCAGGAGGUUCUAUGAUGAUGGAGCCAUCAUGUUGAGAGAGGAGGCCAUGGUGCUAACCGGCAUGCUGAUUGGCCUGAGUGCCAUUGACUUCAGUUUCUGCUUGAAGGGGGAGACUCUGGAUGGGAAAUUCCCAUCUGUGAUUGACUACACUCCCUACCUGAAGUUUACUCAGAGCUAUGACUACCUGAGUGAUGAUGAGGACCGCCACAGCGUGGACAGCAGUAACAGUGAGGAGAGCGACCCAGAACAUCCAUACAUCCCCCUGGUGACUGACGAGGAAAGCUGGAGCAACAAAUGUCGCAAGAUGGAGCAGAGGUUUAAGAUAGUCUAUGCCCAAAAGGGUUACCUAGAGGAGCUGGUACGACUGCGAGAGUCACAGUUGAAGAAUGUUGAGACAGAGAACAAACAUCUGAGAGCCACAGUGGAAGAGCUGGCAGCCCAGAACCAGCAGGAGAAGAAGGAGCUGGAGGCCAUUGUGCUGGAGCUGCAGGCACAACUAUCUGCACUCGUAUCCUGUGAUUCCUCCCACCUGGCUAAAGAUCUUUCCAUCCCACUGAUCAACCAGUGGUCCACCAUUGCAAACAACCAGGUGGACAUCAAACUGUGCAGCAGGAGCAGCUUCAGUAGUUUGGAGCAGCUUUCUGCUGAGGUCAGCCUGAACUCUGAGUCUCAGAAGACUGACGGGAAACAGAACGGAGACGCCGCCUGGACCUCAGCAGGUGACAGGACUGCGGCUCGCCCACCCAAACCCACCAUCCGUAGAACGGUGUCCUUGGACGCCAUUGUUGGACCCUACCUACAGGGACACUGGCCCAAAGAGGCAGAGAGCUCAACCAUCGCCUGCGUCAACGACAAAGCCACACAGACGCCAAGUUCCUGGGCAGAGGAGACACGAGGACGGAGGAGUACGAGUGGACAUAAACGCUCGGCAUCGUGGGGCAGUGCUGAGCACCUAAGGGAGGUGGCCAAACUGAGGCACCAGUUGCAGAAGCGCUCCCGUCACGUCCCUCCCUCAGCAGGAUACGACCUCCCCCAUAACCCCCCGCCUGCGGGUCACGCAGCCGGCAUCACUCAGACAAUACCCUUGAUCCCGCUGAACAGACUCGCCCCGCGUCUACGACGCAGCGUUGAAGGCCUAAACCUGGAGUUGGAAGAGGUGUUUGUGUCAGAGAAACCUGACGACCUGCAUGAGAUUCUGGACAUCCCAGACGGCCACAGAGCUCCAGUCCCCGCACAGAGAUGCAGCAGCGGCUCUCUGAGUGAGCCCUCGCCGGGACCGCUGGACCCUUCCCUCCUGUCUCCUUCUCCGUCCCCUUGUCCUCUCGAUCCAUUACUCAUGUCACCUUCACAUUCCCCUUGUCCCUUGAACCCAUCGGUUUUGUCUCCAGGACAGUCUCCCUGUCCCAUGGGUGAGCCAGAGGUGGACUGUGAUACUGUGUGCUCAUCGCCAUCAAUGUCUCUUCCAUUGUUUGCACUGGACGCUCCUCCGCUGCAGCCCUGCGCCUCCUCCCCUCGUCCCAACAAAACGUACUCCUUCCAACGGGAGCCGCCGGAAGGUUGUGAGCGUGUUCGUGUGUGCGAGGAGGCAACGUCCACUUCCCAGGAUGAAGCCCUUCUCCAGCCUUCAUGUCCUGACCCCAAUAAAAUUAACUUUACACCCCACGGUGGCUCUGCCUUCUGCCCCGUCAGUCUUCUGAAGCCCCUGCUGCCCACCAUGGACCUGCUGUUUCGCGGCCUGUCCGUCUCUCCCGUCACUGCCUGCCCGGGCCAAGUGUCCCCAACCAGGCACGCUAUCAGUGGAUGUCAGGACUAGUCCACUGAAACCGGAAUGAGAUUUUUAUGAAAGGUGACAACGGACACGUGCUGGCCUCGCCUCAUCAGCGCUCCAACAACACGCCGUGAACAACGUACCAAUCACCACAAGCAUUUCCUGUCAUCAUACUUAGAUUAUCGCUGGCGUCAACAUCUAUCCUUAAAUGCUUUGAUUAUUUCCACCUACGCAGAGUUUGGACUGAAGGUUUUUAUUGUUUAUUUAAUCUGCACUUAGAUUGUCCGAGUAUUGUCCAACAUGGAUCACAAAGAGAAAAUCACAAGAUCAUUUCCACGGUAGAAAAAU